AUGCGUGGACUUAUACCUUACCAUGCAACUGGAUACGGUGCCAUACCUUCCUUAAAUGGAUCCUUUUAUCGAACCAAGAGUGAUACGUUGUUACCCCAAAUUAGUCUUCGUCUUCGACACCAUGGUGAUGAUGCACCAUGUCUCCCAUGUGGCUGUAAGGAUGGGAUCAAUGAUAAUGUAGCCCGAAGGUUUUGGAACUGCAAAAAUUCCUUCCCAGCUGAAGGUCCAAAAUGUAAAUUGUUUAUGUGGAAAGACAAUGAACUGGAUGAGGUGUAUUACAAAGAUCAACUUCGUUAGAUGAGGUUUGAGCUACGCCAAAAGGAAGACCAUAGUGAGGUUGCGAAGGCACAAAAGAAAUUGGUUAUGUUGCAGCAAGAAAGGGAAGCCGAGAAGAAUGUUUUUCGACAAGGAGUUGAUGGGGGUGAAGAAAAAAAUUAGUAUGAUGAAGUCUUACCUGGGAACUGCUAAGUGUUUGAUCCUAUUUUUGGUCAUUGCAAUCAUUGGGAUGUGGUUGAAGUGUGCUUGAAAUGCAUCUGAUCAUAUGCUAGUAAUGAUGGUUGAUGAUUUGUAAUUCCAACCAGUCUUUUAUGUAGUGUAUGUGUAGAUGAUCGUCACAGUAGAAAGUUUUUUGGGUUUUGGAUGGAUGGGUACAUGAUCAUUAUGUUUGAAUGUAAGGUAGAUAUAGAGUUUGGAUGUGAGUAUUUUUAACAACUUUUGUAUGUGUAUGUAUUAAAGAUCUCGUGAAUGAAUGAAUGGCAAUG